AUGGAGGAACCUAGAACAGAAAAUAAUGAAUAAUCUGAUAGACUAUAAGCUGUUGAUAAUUUACAAUUAAACGAUUUGAAACAGCAACUCCUAGUUAUGCAAGAUCAAAAGAAUGAACUAGAUAAGUAGCUAAGCCUUUAAGACUAGGAAUACCAAAAAAUAGUGCAAGAUAUGAAGUUCAAAUUAAAAGACUACAAAUUGCAAGUCUAGGAAUUUUAAAUUAAAAUCAAACAUGUGGAGAACAGGCUCUCCUAGAAAGAUGAAUACAUUAAAAGAUUGAUAGAGGACAAUAACUCAAAGAAUGACCUUGAAUUAGAGACGAUUAAACGAAUGAAUAAUUUAGAAAUGGAGAGACUUUGCGAGAAAAAUGAAGCAAAUUUAUAGUAGAUAAAAGAGAUACACGAAAUUGAGGCAAGAUAAUUGAACCAGAAAAUAACAGAAAUGAAAUCUUAAGUUAGAAUGCAAGAGUUUAAAAUAACUGAACUCUAGUCAGAUGCAAAGGACUCUGUUCAUUCAAGUGUUGAAAUGCUUGAAAAUAUACAUCUUCGUUAUUUGGAUGAAAUAAGAAGUCUUAACGGAAAUCUAUCUUCAUUCAGAGUUGAAAAAGAAAACGAAAUAAAAAAUCUAAUGUCAAAGUUGAGAUUAGCUGAAGAUAAAUUAUAGAAAGUGACAAUUGAAAAUGAUUUAGCCUAGAAAAAACUUGUUACUUAGAAAAACUAAUAUGAAUCAAAAAUUCUAGGAAAUAGGAAAAGGAUUGACGAGAUGUAUAGACAGAUAACAGAGCAUGAAAAAUAUGAACUCUCGCUCCAUGCUUCCAAAUAAAAAAUUAAUGAGCUAAAAGCAAAAAUUUAGUAACUUGAGUAUAAGGACAAAUGGAACUGGAAGUCACUAGUAAAAAAGAGGUCUGAAAUUGAAAAUGAAAAAGUUGAACUUAAACGAAAGAUAAACUCAUAGUAUAAGUAAAAUCAAGAGAAGCUCACAACUUAGAGAUCUAUGAAUGAGGAUUUAGAGAAGAAAUUAAAUGUUAUGCAAGUAGAACUACAAUCAGCUCGAUUCUAGAAAUAGAUCUUGAAGGAGAAGUGCACUGAAUUAGCCUAGGAGGUUUCAUGCUUAAGGAAAGAUAACUCUGUUUCACUUUACAGUAGUCGUGGAGCUUUGAGUUCUUAAAGAUUAUUUUUAACAAGGAGUGUCUCCCCAGGAACAGCUGCGGAUGCUCAAAAUAUGUUAAGAGGUGGAGCUAAUUGUAGAAGUAGAUAAAACAUCAAUUAAAGCUAGUAGAAUGGAAAAUUUUUAAGCAAAUAGCUCGCAAGUGCUAGAUACAAUAAUUAAGACACACCAUUAGAAUAAUGCACAGAUACCUCUAAAUAUAUCUCACCUCGUGAUUACCCAGUUCCCAAGAGUAAUAUUGCCUAAAAAGUGAAACCAAUAUUCAAAAAGAAUAGCAUGUAAGAGCACUUAGAUCACUAAUUAGCAAGGAAGAAUUUAAGAUCAAAGGAGAGAAUCUUCAAUAAUGAAAUGACAUCGAUGCCUUCCCCUAUUGGUACUUCUUAAAAGCACAACUAUUUGAAAGAUAGUACUCAAGAAUUACCACCUCCUAUGAAAUUAGCUACCCAAUAAAACAAAAAGGUUAGUCUUAAACUAAACCCUAAUGACUUCAAUGAAGAUGAUGCUAAUUCAUUCUUAGCCUCUCCAAAAUAAGAUAUUAUUUCAUUCUUCAAUGGAUCAACCUAGAUCCAUGAUAGUAAAGUUGGCAAUAUUUGUGAUUCCUCUAUUAUUACCAAAGGAGCAAGACCAAAAGCAAUGUCUUAAUAUGAUGUAAGAUGUAGAGUCUGCUCCUAUGUGUUUGAAUCUCUUGAUUCUUUCUUGAGGCACUAAACCAGAUGUAAGGGAUUACUAGAUAUGAAUUAUGAUGAUGGAGAUAUAACAAACUUGAGCGAUAAAGAUUUGAUAACUGGCUGUAACAAUGUUAUUGAUUCAUUAGCCGGUUCACCAGAUAUGAGAAAGCCAUCACUUAAUAAUCCUCCUAAUAAAAUGUUAGAAUUCAGAGAAUCUGACAUAAACAGCUAAUAGAUUUAAUUGAAUUAUUCAGCAUUGCAAGCAUUAACUAAAAAUGCAUCUAUGAAUAAUUUAAAUACACCAUAGAGGUCAAGGAUAAGUUCAAACACUAUUCCAUUAAACCAAAUAACUCAAUCAUCAAUGUAAAGCAAUAACUUUAAUAACUUAAUAUUGGGUGAGAGUGACCUUCAACAAGCUAUUACCGGAAAUUUCCCGAAUUAAAGCUCUCGUCUUCAAGCUGAUAAUCAACUUCAUCUAAAUAUUAAAGAUAUCAAUGAGGCUUAAAUUGCAAUAAAUAAUACUAGAAUUUCAGCAGACUAAUGUAAUCUAGCCAGCAUUAGGAUCACUCAUGAAGAGGAAUAAUCUGAUAUUCCUCUGACAGUGAAGCAUAUUAGAGAAAAUGGAGAAAACUAAAAUUUUCUAAUGAAUGAUAUUACUCAGCAGACUUUUGUCAUUAAUCCUAACAUUACUCAGACUUUCAAUAGAACUCUUUCAACCAGAACAUAAGUUGACUUAGAGACAGAAAAUGAUAGAUUAGUUAACGAUUUGAAGAAUGCUAAAAUGGAGCUUGCUCUUGUUUAAGAGAAAUAAGAGUCUAAUGAGCUAAUGCUAAAGAAAGAAAUCAUAAACUUACAAUUACGACUGAGUCAGUUCUCAUAAGCAGAGAAGUCAGGAUCUCCAACUCCAAAUUGCAAAUACGGUUAGUAUGAGUAAAUUAUACAUAAUAAUUUCUCAUCUACUGCAAGUUUAAACCAUAUGCAGUCAAAUUAGUCAUUUACUUAGAAUUCCUAGCCAACAAUGGCACAAUCGAAUGCCAAUUAUUAGCAAACAACAAAUGGAACAUGCUAUACAAUUGGUUGUAAUUCUGCACCAGGUAAAAAUGAGUUUGGCUUCAAUAGAGCACGAAUGUAAUAGUUAUAAUAAAACAAUUAAAUGACUUAGAGCCUCACUCUGAAAAACAAUAUGAAUACUUCACAGUUUUUGCAGCCAAAGAGUAUGCUUAUUAAAGAUGGAGAUUAUUCCUCUCCUCAAAAAUAUACUAAUGAUGAUCCAUUUAGUGACGGAAUGAACAGCGAGUUGAAGGUAGUGGUUAUGAACUCACCUAGUGAAAAUAUAGAAAGUCCUGAGCCUAAUUCUCUUAGGUUACAGAAACCAUUCUAAAUUUAAGCCUUUGAAGAGGAGUCUAAUUAGGAUAGAAGCUCAUAAAGCUCAAAUAAUAUCAGAAUUAAUAGAUCUCCAAAUCUCCUUUUAAGGAAAUUAAACUGA